AUGUUGCCGACACUCAGAACUUUGUGGGAGGGACUAUGUGCCUCAGUGGACGAGGCCAGCGCGAGCAAAACUCCACAGUUUUUAGAUGAGGACUAUCCAGACUUGACUGGAGCUGUUUGGGUUGUGACUGGAGCCAACGGAGGCAUUGGUACUGAAGUGGCGAAGAAACUCGCUAGGAAGGGUGCGAAAGUAUGGCUUAUCGCAAGAUCACAUGCCAAGCUAGAAGAGACGGUUCAACUCAUCAAAACAGAGCAACCAGAAGCACAAUUGGAUACAUGCGUUAUGGAUUUCUCAGACCUUACAACUAUCAAGCCUGGAGUUCAAAAGAUCUUGAGCAACCAUACCGAAUUACAUGGAAUAAUACACAAUGCAGGCGUGAUGUUUGCAGAAAAAGGGCUUAAGACCGCGCAGGGGUUCGAGUAUCAAGUAGGAGUCAAUAAUGUUGGACCUCAACUUCUUCAGCAUUUCCUAGACCCACUUCUCGAGAGGGCAAUGAACAGGGACCCCCGCUCUGAUCUGCGAAUUGUAUGGAUAUCUUCAUUGGCGCUCUACUUGACCUCAUACGAGUUCGACAAACCGAAUGACACAACCAGGAGUGUCACAGAGAGGUACGCGUUUAGUAAGGCGAUCAAUUACGUACAAAGUGUUCAAUGGCCACUCCACCACCCUGGAACUCAAGUUUUGUCAGUUGCAGCCCAUCCAGGAAUCAUCAAGACGGAGCUGUUUAGACAUACGGACAGCUUCUCCGACAGGCUCAUAGAUGGUCUCAAAUGGCCACCCGAGUACGGUGCUUAUACAGAGCUUUUUGCUGCGCUCAGUCCAGAGAUUUGCAAAGAGGGAAGUGCAUUCGUUGUUCCGUUCGGUCGCAUCGGCCGUGUCAGCACUGAGCUAUAUAAACGUGCUCACAGCAGCCAGGGCCAAAAACUUUGGGACUGGAUAGACGAGCAAAUAGAGCCUUACAAAUAG